AUGGGCCUCGAGAAGGGCUUGCCAUCGAGGCAAGAGCAAAGGGCAUAUCGACCCACGGCACGUGCUUUCCUCAUUGUUUUUUCCUUCCUCUGUUCCUACUUUGUGGUCAACCACCUCGUCCUUAACCAUCUACAUCGGGGGGCUCCGAAACAUCAUGUCUGCCAUGAAAGCCCCCGGCCGCCGAUCCGCAGGUACCAGGGCGAAAAGAUCGAAUGGGUUGCCUGCGGCAAUGUCGAGGACCACGAGCUGGAAUGCAGCAAUAUCACGGUCCCAAUGGACCACUUCAACGCCUCCAAUAACGCCCCCGACAACAAGUCCUUCACCAUUCCCCUUCUAAGACUCCGAAGUACCAACGCCACGGCCAAAACCAAUAUCCUCAUCAACCCCGGAGGGCCCGGGGGAAGCGGUACCCAGCUGGUUUAUCGCAGGGGCUCACAGCUCUCCGCAAUAGUCGGCGACACUUUCCAUUUGGUGGGGUUUGACCCGCGGGGUAUCAACCAGUCGAGGCCGUUGGCCGCUUGCUACCCGACCGAGGAAGCCCGGCGGGCCAUGUCGACGGUACGCAACAAAAAGAUUGCUGAAGACAGUGGUGAGCUUUGGGCUUGGACCACCAACCUUGUUCGGGGGUGUGCCGACACCAUGUCCCUGCACGGCGCGUACAUCAACACGCCUCAAACUGCUGCUGAUAUGAACUCGAUCCUUGAUGCCCUCGGUCAGGACGACAUGUACUACUGGGGGUUCAGCUACGGCACGAUCCUGGGGCAAACGUACGCGACUUUAUUUCCGGACCGGGCGAAGCGGGUGAUUAUCGACGGUGUGGGGAACCAAUUUGACUGGUACGAGGAGCGCUUCGACCGGGAGAUGAUGAUGGACACGGAUGCCGUCCUCAAAGGCUUCGUCGAGGAGUGCAUCAAGGCCGGGAAGGAGGACUGCCCGCUGGCGGACAUGGCCGAGACGAAGGAGGAUCUGUUCGUGGACCUGGUGGGCAAGAUUAACAGGCUGCAGUACGACCCCAUCGGGGUGUACGUCAACAGCAGCAUGCACGGGGUGCUCGACUUUUGGACCGUGUGGUACAACGGCGUGUUCCCGUCGCUGUACAAGCCGGCCACCUGGCGGGAUCUCGCGAGGAAUCUGGAUCUGCUGCUCCGCGGCAAUGCUACCGAAGCCUUCCUCGCGUACGGUUUGGAGAGGGCCUGGGAGGACACGUCGGACGAGGCCCUCGAGUUUGUCGCGAACAAUGACGGCGUGUCUGGUCCCAACAAUUGGGGCUUCGACCGCUUCGACCUGGUCCAUGAGCUCGUGGGCUUCUUCAACAAGUCACUGUUUGACGAGGAGUUGUUUGAAUUCUACUUCUCCAAGGCAGCCUGGGCAAUCCCACGUACUCACAAGUACAAACCCAAGCGCGGCGUCAAGACGGCCCACCCGCUGCUUCUGCUCUCGACGACGUACGACCCUGUCUGUCCGCUGGUGUCUGCAUUGGGGGCCAACAAUGCCUUUGAGGGCUCCCGGCUUGUUGAGGUGAAGGGAUACGGUCACUGCUCGCUGGCUGUGCCGUCCAUGUGCAUCGCACGCCAUGUUCGGGAUUUCUUGCUCGAGGGUAAACUGCCGGAAAACAACGUGCAGUGUGAGGCAGACGGCAAGCCCUACUUCGCCAAACCCGAGGAGAGUCUCGCGUUGCUCGAGGCACAGGAGCUAAAUAAUGAAGAACGGCGGAUACGCCUAGCACAGUUAGAUCUGGCGAGAGAUUCAUGGCUGGGACCGUGGAGAUAA